CGCCGUCGGCUGGAAACAGCAGCUUUAUGUGUUUGAAGAGUGAAGAGUGACGUUGCCGGUUCAGAGGCGACUAAACUAAAGUUCUCAUAAACAACCAGGAGCCGCUUCAGAUCCGCAUCCAGAUGGACUCGCAGAGUUUUUACCUUGCAGAGGUUUUUUCUUACGAAAGUCUCGUGCAUGCGAUGGCCGGAGCGAUGGGCAGCGUGACAGCAAUGACCGUGUUUUUUCCCCUGGACACGGCGAGGCUUCGGCUGCAAGUGGAUGAUAAACGGAAAGCUAAGUCCACACCAGCUAUCCUGGCGGAGAUCAUUAAGGAGGAAGGCCUUUUAGCUCCCUACAGAGGUUGGUUUCCAGUCAUUUGCAGUCUCUGUUGCUCCAACUUCGUCUACUUCUACUGCUUCCACAGUCUGAAGGCCAUGUGGCUUCAGGGCCAAAAGUCAACCCCAGGGAAAGACCUAAUCAUCGGCAUUGCCGCAGGUGUAGUGAAUGUUCUUGUUACAACGCCACUCUGGGUGGUCAACACCAGACUCAAACUGCAGGGGGCAAAGUUCAGGAAUGAAGACAUAGAACCCACGCACUAUCGUGGGAUUGUAGAUGCAUUAGUCCAGAUUGUGCAAAAUGAGGGAGUGGGUGCUUUGUGGAAUGGGACAUGUCCCUCUCUGCUGCUAGUGCUGAACCCUGGCAUCCAGUUCAUGAUAUAUGAGACUCUGAAGAGGCAUCUGAGGGGAGGAGUGCACAGAGAGUUGUCAUCGUUGGAGGUGUUUGCUAUCGGAGCCAUAGCAAAAGCUGUAGCUACUACUGUAACAUAUCCACUGCAGACAGUGCAGUCCAUCCUACGGUUUGGUCAGCACAGGCAGCCGACAGAACAGUCCAAACUUCAAAGCAGCCUGAGGAGUGUUAUGUACUUGAUCAUCAACAGAGUCAGGAGGUCAGGUAUAUUGGGGCUGUUUAAAGGACUGGAGGCUAAACUGCUUCAAACAGUCCUCACUGCUGCCCUCAUGUUCCUGCUGUAUGAGAAGAUCGCUGCAGCCACCUUCAGGGUUAUGGGGAUUAAGCGGCCUUUGACCUCGCGCUGAACUCUGACCUCAUGAACGUUGCCUUAGUUCAACAAGAUGGUGAUGACGACGACUAGGCUGUAAUGAAAAUGUAUCCCAAUCUGUGUUUCAAGGCACAGUAGCUCUAUUCAGAUGGGAUUCAUUUUCCAUAUGGAAGUGGAAUAAUGCCAGUUGACCAUGUAAUGUUUCACAAGAGAUAAGAAAUCUGUUUUAAUGAUUAGAUGGCUACUUGAUUUAUGUACCACCUUUACUCCAGAAAAGAGGAGAAGACAUUUAAAAAGCAACACCAACAGGCUUUUAGCCCAGCCUCCACCUGGUCAUCGUGAUGGUAUCAUUAGCAGGUCAUGCUCAUACAAUGAGCCCUUUUCACAGAUGUGAUGUCAAUGUUAUUCUAUUGUACCUUUGCAAUUAAACACUGUGCUACAACAGCCAUAUUUUAGUUUCAGUGCAGUGUCGCAAUAAAUAGUGGGAACACAAAGCGGACUGAAGUACUGAUUAAUCUCGAACAGAUCUAAAAUGCUGUGUGUGCAGUGUAGCCCUAUUUACUGCUGCUUCAUCUGCUCACAUCCAGCAGUCUUUCCAGUAAUUUCUGUAAUAUUUGUUUUUGUUUUUUUUUUUAAAGAAAGUGGAACUACUAUUUGUAAUUUGAAUAUUAUGGACUUAAGUUAUAGCUAACAAUGGCUAUUUCCCAGCUAACAUAAGCUUUUUGCAUGACAUUUACCAGUAAAGUUUGUACUCAUAUCUUCAAAAAGCUAUCACAGUAAA